CUCUACACAUAUUUCCUGUAAAAUAAGGCCACGCGAAGAACAUUUCUCAAAACUCACCUUCUUCUUCUUCACAAUCUGAUUUGGCGACUGCAUCAAAUCAUCUCUGCCAAGAUUUCUCACUAUGGCACCCAUCAGGGGCAUUAUGUCUUUGCGAAGAGCAGCUUUGGCUCGGGGCUACAGUGAGAAGUGGGCAACGUGCUUUAGAUCGUUCAGUGCUCAAGGUGGUGGUACUCAGGGUGCGGCAACUGGUAGCACAUCGCAACCGCCCCCACCUCCUCCACCGCCUGAGAAAACCCAUUUUGGUGGCUUGAAAGAUGAAGACCGAAUUUUCACUAACCUUUAUGGUUUGCAUGACCCUUUUCUGAAAGGAGCGAUGAAGAGAGGUGAUUGGCAUAGAACCAAAGAUUUAGUUAUUAAGGGUGCUGAUUGGAUUGUUAAUGAAAUGAAGAAGUCUGGCCUUCGUGGUCGUGGUGGUGCUGGUUUUCCUUCUGGACUUAAAUGGUCUUUUAUGCCAAAAGUUUCAGAUGGCCGUCCUUCCUAUCUUGUUGUCAAUGCUGAUGAGAGUGAACCUGGAACAUGUAAAGAUCGGGAAAUUAUGAGGCAUGAUCCACACAAACUUUUAGAGGGUUGCUUAAUUGCUGGUGUGGGUAUGAGGGCAACUGCUGCCUACAUUUACAUCAGAGGUGAAUAUGUGAACGAGCGCCUAAACCUUGAAAAAGCCAAAAAAGAAGCAUAUGCAGCUGGAUUGUUGGGAAAGAAUGCUUGUGGAUCGGGUUACGAUUUUGAUGUGCAUAUCCAUUAUGGGGCUGGUGCUUAUAUUUGUGGUGAAGAAACAGCUCUUUUGGAGAGCCUUGAAGGGAAGCAAGGGAAGCCAAGAUUGAAGCCUCCUUUCCCAGCUAAUGCGGGUUUAUAUGGCUGCCCCACCACUGUUACAAAUGUUGAAACUGUAGCUGUUUCUCCAACCAUUUUAAGGCGUGGACCAGAGUGGUUUGCCAGCUUUGGGAGGAAGAAUAACUCAGGGACAAAAUUGUUUUGUGUGUCUGGGCAUGUAAAUAAGCCUUGCACUGUGGAAGAGGAAAUGAGUAUACCUUUGAAAGAGUUGAUUGAGAGGCACUGUGGGGGAGUUAGAGGUGGAUGGGACAAUUUACUUGCUAUUAUCCCGGGUGGUUCAUCUGUCCCACUGCUUCCUAAGAACAUUUGUGAUGAUGUUCUUAUGGAUUAUGAUGCACUCAAGGCUGUUCAAUCAGGAUUGGGGACUGCUGCCGUUAUUGUAAUGGAUAAGUCCACUGAUGUUGUGGAUGCAAUUGCAAGACUCUCUUACUUUUACAAGCACGAGAGUUGUGGACAGUGCACACCAUGCAGGGAGGGAACAGGAUGGCUCUGGAUGAUCAUGGAAAGAAUGAAAGUUGGAAAUGCAAAGUUGGAAGAAAUCGACAUGCUUCAGGAGCUGACCAAGCAGAUUGAAGGGCACACAAUCUGUGCUUUGGGUGAUGCUGCUGCUUGGCCUGUGCAAGGUCUUAUUAGGCAUUUUAGGCCGGAGCUCGAGAGAAGGAUCAGACAGCGUGCAGAGAGGGAAUUGCUGGAGGCUGCUGCUUAGAUGGCUUUCAGGUACCAGUUCUUCCUUUAUCUGUAUUCAUUUCCUGCAAAGGUUUAAAUUAAAUUGAUAACAAUUUGGAUUCUCUUAGUUGUUCUGAAAGACACAAUCUGUUUGGUAUUUUCUUGUUAAAGAUGGUGAUAAAAAGUCGUAGUUUGGAUGAAUUAGAAUGCUGAAUCGAAGACUGUUUCUAACUUGUGGUUGAUGUUGUGUUUACAAGGAAAAUCAUUUGUUAAAAGUUCUUGAAUUCACAUAAAUUGAUAUGGACAUGAUCCUUAGUCCAUUAAAAUGUUAUUCAACUAAUUUUAGGCAUUUUGUUUGUGCCGGAAUCUUUUUCUUAUUGCUGUUGUUGUGUAAUGCCUUCAACUUAGAAAGAAGAAAAGCUCUGUUGUUUGUGUGUUGGAUGUGAUGUGGUAAUGGUUCGAGUUUCUGAAUUUCAACAAUUAGUCGUGUUUGGAAUAUUGGAUUGGAUUGAAUAAUUUUUAUAAGGUGGCUUUGUAAUGAAAUUGAAGAGAAAAUAUUGAAAAAAUUAAAUCAAAUAUUCUAAAUAAUCCCUAGUAUAGGAUAACUUGGGAUUUUUGUAUUCAAUUUAAUCUCCAUUUACAUGCAUUUCAAUUCAUUGGUAGAACUCAUUCAUUCUUCUAUGUUUGUUUUUUCCCAUCUAACAAUUAUUUAAAGGCUAAUUAUUAUUUUUGCCCUCUAAAUUUUGCCAUGUACCAAAUCAUGCCUCUUGAACUUUUUUGGCCGUUAAAAAGUCUCCUUGAACUAUUGAGAUUGUUGGGUUUAAAGAAUUUUGUCCAAUUUAUUCAAUUUUACUAAUUCGGUGAUUGUCCAUGUACUAAAUUAUGCUUCCCAAACUUUGAUAUCUACCAAAUCAUGUCCUUCAAAUUUUGACAUGUACCAAAUCAUGCCUCUUGAACUUUGAUUCAUGUUAGACUUUUUUUAUUAAAAUUAGACAAAAGUCCCUAAAUUUAAUAAUGUCAAUAAUUCAAGGGGAAUUUUUAACAGAUAGUAUAGUUCAGGAAGCAUAAUUUAGUACAUGUUAAAGUUCGGGGGACAAAAAUCCUAAUUAGCCUUAUUUAAAACAUAGCUUCAUUAUACUGUAGGUCACAUCAUUAGAAGUAGAACAACAAUCUUGAGGCUAAGAAAAUUAGUCGUUGAAACUUGAAAUCACAUCAAUUUAAUUGCUUAUGGAGUAAUACUGACAUGAUUGUGUGUUUAUAUAUAUAUAUAUGUAUAUGUAUUUGUUUUAAAUAUAUUCUGAAAACAUGCUCUUCCAUCAAAAGCAUUAUCCAAAAUAAGUAAUUGUAAAAGUAGCAUUACUGGCCAUGCCAAUGCCACAUUCCUUGUCAACAUUUUGGUGCUUCUAUAACAUAGUGAUGACAUUUUUGAGUUUAUUGAAAUUUAAUAAUCCGUGGAUUGUUCAGAAAAAUACCUUAGAGAAAAGGAGGAAGCAAUGCGCUCCGGGUCGGGAAUAGAGUGGUCGGAGCAUGGUGGCGAAGUUAGCAAUUUUACUUGUUUUAAAGCUUUUGUAUCAAAUUAAUAACAUAGAGAUCUUUCAUUAAUGCCUCGAGGAAACUAUAAUUAUCUUAAUCGAGGGAGUUUUUUGAAUGUUUCUUUGUAUAAAAUUGGAUGAAUUUUGUUAAUAUCUUUUUUUUUUCCUUCACAUCAUUAAUAAAUACGAAACUCUACCCUCCAAUCCAAGCAUGGUUUCUUGGUGGAGCAUUAUCUUUA